UCGAAUCCGAGUAAACGAGAAUGGUCGACCAAAACAAACGCCGCGUCUGCCAAGGGAUGAAGUAAAGGUGCGCCAGUGGCGCCUUGUAAAAAAGUAAAAAAUAAAAUAAAAUAAAAUAGUUUAUCGUCGUCUCGAAUCGAGAAUCUCAAGUCCUGCGAGGACUGCACGGUGAAUAAAUAACUGGGUUUCCUCCGUGAGUGUUUUAUUCUGGCAAAAAUGACUCCAGGAUUCGGUCACGAUCCACUGUCAACCUACAACAUAACGGUUCUGAGUAACGCUGCUCUCUGUCUCUGGCAACAACCUCAGCAUGUUCUUUUUCAAUUGGCCAAUUUCUGCUUCGCCCUCUCGUACUCUGCGCCCUCGUCGAAGAAAGGAAUUCUAUUUAUGCACUCGGUCCUCAUCGUCGGGUUCAUACUAUUGUCCGGAUGGGCUUGGCACGUGAUCUGCGCUCCCGAUAUAUUCUCGUGGAACUUUGGCUUCCUGCUGCUCAACAUUGGCCAAUUGGUGUACAUUGUUUAUCAGAUGAGACCAGUGAAAUUCGAUCCCGAACUCGAGGAGGCUUACCACACGCUCUUCUACCCUUUCAAAGUAUCGAGACACCAAUUCAAGAGGCUCGCGUCCCCCGAAUUUGCCACGAUAAUGUCAUUGCACGCUGGCGAAGCUUACGCGAUGCAAAAUUUGACCAGAACCGACAGACUGGGUUUGCUUCUCAGUGGCAAAGUCAACGUACUCAGCGAUACCAACUUUUUGCAUCCGAUAUUGCCAUGCGAGUUUUUGGACUCGCCGGAAUUUGAAAGUUCGCGAGCCUCCGUAGACGACAAGUUCAAAGUGUCCAUCGUCGCAGCGAGCUCUUGCAGAUAUUUGUACUGGCAAAGAACUGCACUGGAAUACUUAUUAGUGAAGGAAGCAUAUUUGGCAACGGUUUUAACGACUCUGGUUGCUCGAGACAUAGCUACUAAAUUGUACGCUAUGAACAAUAAGAUAGUUACAGAUAAAGGUUCCCAUUUGGAUAUAAGACUGCCCUCGAUAAGUGCUGGAUUAGGAAUAAGCGGGGAAUACCGUAGUCCGAGAGCCUCGCGACAGGCUCUUAUACGACGCAAAGACACGAAGCUUGCUUCGAACAAUGUGAGCGGUGCGAAACCGAAGGAUCGGCCUUUGAACAAUCUGACGAAGCUCGGAGCCCCGAACAUGGAGCCACUGCCAGAAUUGCCUUCGUGCGACGAUCUCGCCUCGAGCGGAGUCGAGAGCUGGCUCGACUCAUCGAGCAAAUAUCACAGUUGUGAAAUCGUCGAUGAUGAAUGACGAACAGCCUCCGUCGAUACUCUCGGCUCGCGUGACGAUUGUUCCUUGGGAUCGACGAGUUGAGAAUUCGACACAACGUCGUUGCUGAAAAUGACCUGUCCAUUUUCCAAUAGUACUGAGGACGGUGCUUUCAUUGAAUGGACUAUCAAUUUCAAACGUUUCAUCGACGAAUACGAAAAAAAAAAAACAAAACAUUUUCUGACCUGUAUCAAACUAUUACAUUGGGAAUUGAAUAGAAAAAAUAACGAGAAAACAACAAACGAAGACAUUGGAAAUGAGUUGCGAGAUUGCCAUUACAAAACGCAUGGCUGGGGGCUCCAUUAUUUUUUUAUUCCCAAUAUUACUUGUCAAUAUUUGGGAUAUGACGAGACACAGACAUGGAGAUACCUCCGUGAAUGUCUAAAAAAAAAAAGUAAAAUGUUCAAGGAUUCUUCUCGAGGUUACACACAGGAAGAUUCUUCUCAUGCAAUAACGAUCAUUUCGCUUGAGAAAAUUGAGUUGUUAUAAUCCACCAUGAUCAAAGGCACCAAGAAUUUUGUUAAAUUUCGCGAUCGAACGUUGAUUCCUAAAAACGUUGAAGGUGCAAAUAAAUAUAAUUCGUCGAUUUGUAUAAAAAUUGCAUAAAUUAUGUAUUUCGACGUGAACUUGAUGAAAUUUGCGUAUCCCGCACACCGUUCGAUUCCAUUCGUUCGGCCUAUGCGAAAUUUUCCCGUUUUCGCGACGAAUUAAGCUCUUUUUCACGAACCAUUUACUUGCAAUUUUUUCUCCAAUAUUUCGACGAACAUAGCAAUAAUGGGAAUUUAUACGAUGAUGAAAAGCGUUGUUUAUCUUCGGGUUAGUUGGUUAUACACAAAUUAUAAUUGUAAUUAUAUCUUGUUGUAAUAAACGUUUGAAUAACACAUCGA